AGAAAGAAAAUGGCUCCCUUUCCUUGUUCUGCUAGAAAUUCCUUAAAUGGAAGUUGGCCACGCCUACAAGCACAUGAUCUGAGCCACACCUCUAAUUUGCAUAGCUUUGUAAUGGCGUCUGCAGGUCCUCCAUACAUAAGUGCAGGAAAGAUCCGGGAGCUUGUCUCCAUGCUUGAUGUAAUAAAUGUAGUCGAGAAAGGACUGGCAGAUUUCUCUAAUGGUAAAGUCGUCCAGCCUGUGAGGAGCUUCCUGAAUACGACUGAGCAUGGAGGUUUUUUAGGAGUCAUGCCUGCAUAUUGCUAUUCAAGUAAUUGUCUUGCAACGAAAGUGCUUACUCUCUAUACUGACAAUGAGAGUAAAGGUGUUCCCAAUAUACAAGCGAUUGUGGUGCAGAUGGACCCCUCAACUGGCAGCGUAAUAGCAUUGCUUGAUGGAGUUACCAUUACUAACAUGAGGACUGCUGCUGCCUCAGCUGUUGCAUUGAAAUACACUAAACCACCUCAAUCAGAUCUUACACUAUGCAUAGUUGGAUCUGGGGUACAAGCCCGGGCACAUGCUGAAGCAUUAAGAGAAAUAUGCUCUUACAAAGAGAUUCGUGUGUGGGGGCGUAACUUGGAGAGGAUCCAGAAAUGUGUAGCAGAUAUUGGAGGAGAUGCUGUGAAUGCAAAGCCUUACCAAGACCUCAGGACAGCCUGUGAAGGUGCUGAUAUCAUUGUAACUGUGUCCAUGGCAAAGGAGCCUAUUGUGAAAGGAGAGUGGCUUAAAGAGGGGACUGUUAUUCUAAGUGUUGGAGCUUGUCUUCCUGACUGGAGAGAGCUGGAUGAUGAGCUCAUGAAUAAUUCAUUAGUUAUUGUAGACAGCAGAGCAGGAGCUAUGAAAGAAGCAGGAGAUAUACUAUUGUCAAAAUGUGAUAUUUAUGCAGAGGUGGGUGAAGUGGUUGCUAAGGGACCAGUAAACAUGGAGACAGCACGCUCGCAUGGAAAGAAAUUUAUACUAUUUAAGUCUUUAGGGCUGGCUAUUGAAGAUGCAGUGACUGGUCAAUUAAUAUACGAAAAGUUUAAUCAAAAGUAGAAAACAAUACUCUUCCUAAAUAAUCACUGUUGUGAAACUAAUAAUUUUACUUUUGAUUAUUAAAAUUGUAAUGUUUUUCUAAAUAAUUUGUGAAUGGUUUCCCAGUGUAAA